AAGCUAUGCUCGGCUGGCAUCGAAAACACAGGCUGCUUGCUUUUAUCGAUACCUAUUCGACUGCCAGAUGCUGAUGCUGCUGCUGCUGCCGCAGAAGGCCCGCUUCCGGACAAAAAAUUCGAUGAUGAGCUUGGACCUGGCAGCACAUCGCCAUCAUCACCUAAGUGGAUAUGAAACUGUUAUGUAUCUUGAUCUAUGA